CGAUCGGCGAUCAGCCCCGAUCAGUCGUCGGCCCGCGCCGAAGAGAUCCGAUCAUUCGCCGGAGUGUGCUCGUCAGGCCCUUUUCUAAGCCGCGAGCGGUUGAACUUACACGACGAAUUUUGGCGGCACCUUGACAGGAUUUGAGCUCUCGGCGGUGAUCUAGAGGUCUUCAGUGUUGUGCAACGGUCACAGUGCUUCUAGUCUUCGAAAAGGAGAGGAAAAGAGCAGAUGGUUGAGCUAAGUCCAGACUAAUGGUUUAAUUGUGUUCCAGCGUCUGAGGGAAGGACCUGGAAAGACUUUGAGGGGUUAAGAAUCUCCGUUCGCACUUCGCACGUUUGUCGCACCGCCUCUUUGCUGAAGAUCACAUGGUUUAAAUGCCCGUUUCAUAAAACGGCAAGAAAUGUUCAGACAAUAAACGUUUGCUGAACACUUGACGCAAGAUAUCGUUGGGGCACAGGCAUCUGUGUGUCAACAGAUUGCACAUCCAUUAUUGCUGGCACUUCACUUAUUUUGACCUACCCGACUGAGCGAUUAGCACAAAGACGGCUAUGAAUUCGCGCUAUUGAAAUGCUUCCAUACACGCCUAAGUUUUUAUGAAAAUCGAAGCCUGAGAAAUUCGCGAUCAUUUUGGGCCAGCGCCGAAGGCACCGCUUACUGUAGCUGCGGCUGCUUGCCAAUAACCGUUCGUUGCGGCAUAUCCAGUGGCCACAUACACACCGAACUCCACAGACUGACUUCACCAUGAAGAGACGCUCAUCCCACCACUCUGACCACUCCCUAAAGGACGCUGAGUCAGCCGUCCCUCCAUCCUCCCCCAAACCGGCCCCCUCGGGCGGCCUUCGCGCUCUUCUGCUGCGGUCCUCCGGGUACAGUCUCUACGUCUUGGCCCUGCUGUUGGUGGUCUACCUGCUGAACCAGCUGGAUCGGUACAUGCUGGCUGUCGUGGCGAGACCUUCGGCGCAGGAUAUUCACUUCGGUGACCAGGGGUGUCUGUUGAAUGAUACGGUAUCGUCUACAUUGGAGGAGACGAACUGCUCUAACUGUACCGACCGGACGACAUGUCUUUCUUUGGUGGACGCUGGCGGCUCGGCGGGCUGCAAAUGGGACUACACCGGUACUGGAACCCAGUACGAUAUCCUUGCCGGGCCAAUCUUCGUGCUGGUCUACACAAUAGCCGGAGUACCGCUGGGAAUAGCGGCUGACCUCUACAACAGAAAGUUAUUACUCUGCGGCUGUCUCCUAAUCUGGGCGACGUGCGUGGUGCUGACGGGCCUGGCCGAGCAGUACUGGCAGCUGGCCGCGCUGAGGUUCGGAGUCGGGUUCGGCGAGGCCGGCUGCACGCCGUUCGCCACCUCGCUGCUGGCCGACUACUUCAGUCCCGAGCUGCGCGGCACCGCGCUCGGUGUCUACAACUGGGGCAUCUACUUCGGGUACUCGCUGUCGUACGCCGUUGGAAAUUUCAUCACGGAAGCGGAUAUAAUGGGCAUGGGCUGGCGAUGGGCCUACUUCGUCUCCGGCGGGCCGGGUAUCAUCCUCAGCAUAGUAAUGCUGUUCACACUCCGAGAACCUCCGCGGUCAGGAGUAACCGCUUCCAAAGACUCUCCGCAAGCCUCUCUCGUAAAGAAGCUUCCUCAGGUUAUCAGAUUAUUCUGCCGUCCUUCUAUUCUUCUCUUGUCUCUAGGCGGAGCUAUCCGAAACGCUGCCGGUUAUGUGUGGUCUUACAACACCGAGACGUACUUUGAGAGUAUUGGUCAAACCCCGGCCCAGAUCGGCACCUACAUGUCGUGGAUACCGAUGGUGUCUGGCUCGGUGGGAGUGCUGGUCGGCGGGUUCGUCUCGGACCGCGUGGUGAGCCGCGUCGGGCCGCACGGCCGCGUCUGGGUCAUCGUGGCCUCGCAGCUGCUGGCGGCGCCGUUCGUGUUCUGCGUGCUGUUCCUGAAGCCGCCCUGGGCCUACGUCUGCCUCAUUCCGACUUAUAUCAUAGGUGAGAUGUGGAUCCCGAUCACAUUGGCUGUGCUGGUGGAACUGGUCCCGGCUGAGGUUCGCACCACCAUCGUCGCCCUGUACUUUUUCAUUACGACCAACAUCGGCGGUAACAUGCCGCUUUUGGUGAACCCCGUGAAGCAGGCAUUCAAGAACGCUGGUCAUACGGAAGUCGAGGCUCUCAGAGACACUCUGUACCUGUUCUACCCUGGAGAGUACGUUCUAGGAGCUCUCAUCUACGUCCUGGCGCUACUAGCACUGCGCAGAGACCUCCGGAAGGCCCAAACGGAGCGAACUCCUUCCAAACGGUCAUCACUAGGAAAUACGGCGACGAUAAAUCCCGCGUAUGAGGGUGGGGAGUGAGUCGUGGCCGUCAGAACAUCGACGAAAGCGGUGAUGAGAUCAAUGAGUGGCUCGAACUAUCAUCAUAUUUAUGUGUUGUGAUUGUUUUACAAAUAUACCGACAGAAAAGUG